UCUCUAGCUAAUCAACUUUCAUGACGGAAUGUCAUGAAGACUUGCCUUGAGAUGUAGACAAUAAAUUUCAUACUAUGCCAACCGCUAAAAAAUUGACAUAUCCGAGCUUUACGCACAAAAUCGGACGUAUCGUGAUUUAUUUGUCGAAAUAAAGUGGAAUAAAUGCGAGAGAAUACGGGACAUUCAUUCGUGUAAUUUUAUUAGACGAAUGUGAUUUUAGGAAUUGAUGAAAUAGUAGCAUCGAGUAGCAAAAAGGAAAACAACGUUCGACACGACACAUGACAAAAAUAAGAAUGAAUAAAGAAAUGCCGUUAAGUGUAGAAUGGAUGCCACAAAAUGCAUAUGUGCGAAAUUCUUUGGAUCAUUUGCUGCCAGGUGAACGAAAUCAACGUAGUUUUGUAUUUGUAAAACAGGAAGCAGAAUUCUUUGAAAGCACAUUGAACUCACAAUCUGUCCAAAAUACAGUUGUGCAUUUGCAAGUUUCAUCUAAAGAGAAGGAAGUUAAACAAGAAAACAGCCAUUUAUUGUCUUGUCAAGCAGGCUCAUUAAAUCAGUCGCCCAAAAAAUUGACUGAGGGUUCUGAUAGAUUGUAUAAUAGAGGUCGCAUUGAUAUAAUAGAAAUGACAGUAGAACCAACAUUUCGCUAUAAAUAUUUCUUUGUUUAUGAAAAUCAGCCAUCCAAGUUUGUUGUACUAAGAGCUCUUUGCAACAAUACGGCUGAAGAAGUUGCAAAGAAUUUGUUAGAUGUAUUGGCGAUCAUAGGGGCACCACAAGUGUUACAGAGUGGUAAUGGACGUAAGUUUGCUGAACAAGUUGUACAUGAGUUACGUUCACUGUGGAACGAUUCCCUCAUAUUGCAUGGGGAUGUACCUAAAUGUGAAGUUAGCUGCAGGGAUUUUAAGAGCUUGCUCGAAUCCUGGAUGAGAAAGAAUCCUACCAAAACCUGGUGUGAAGGACUGAACUUCAUACAGAUUCUUCACAAUUCAACAUACCACAGUCAGAAUAGUAAAGUUCCAUGCGACAUAUUAUUUGGACGAGACGUACGCGAAAACUUUCAAAACUUCGGUAUAGAAAAAGAUACGGAAAGUCUAUGGACAGAGGAAGAAUGGAUCGAACACUUGUCACAUAGAGAAAAUAAAGAUAUAAUUGCAACAACAAAAGACACGCAGAAGACAUCGAAUAGUACCAAUUAUUGUGAAGAAAAUGAUGACGUACAAGAUACAUGCAGUCAAAAGGCAUUUUCGAGAAACAACGACGUAAAUGGCUUUAGUUUUGUCAAUAUAAAGAAUGAAUCUCUCACGAGCAAUAUGCGCGCAACAAAUUCAACGAAUAAAGGUGAAAUAGAAGUAGGAAAAAAUGAACUGAAAAACGAGAAUAUGCAAUUUCUCAAGUGCAAAUACUGCCAAAAGCAAUACAUGAAACUGGGACAUUUAAAGAAUCACAUGAGAACUCAUAAAACGCAACGGGCUCUCCGAUGUAAGCUGUGCAGUAAAACAUUCAGUGUUCCAAGAUUAUAUGCGAAGCACAUGAAACAGUCGCAUGGGCAAGGUAAAUUAGCUGACGAGGAAGAGGAGGUACCAGUUAGAAGAAGUACCAGAAGCAAUGCCGCUGACGCGGUAACGACUGUAUCCAAUAAGGAAAGAUCCGAGAUUCGAGCGGCACAUAACGAAUUAUCCGAUGCCGAGACAACAAAUGAAAAUUGCGACGCAUUGCUGGACAAUACAAAAAAUUCUAAUAGCAAGACUGCCAAGAUCUCGAGUCAUACCGGUAGACGAAAAUUGUCUGCGGAGAGUCGGGGCGUGUCGAAAACACAAUCCACCUUACAGUGUACAUAUUGCGAGCAAAAGUUUAGCUUUCCUAGCGUGCUGGAGAGGCACAUGCGGUCGCACACAAACGAACGGCCAUAUGUAUGCGACGUGUGCAACAAGAGUUUCAAGCAGCUGGGUCAUCUUAGCCAGCACUCGCUGACGCAUCACGAUUACCGCUCGUUUCAGUGCACUGUGUGCGGCGUAAAAUUCGACUCGCUAGACUCGCUGAAGCAACACGCGCAUUUGCAUAAAGGUAACGCGACAACAACGACGACGACGACGUCUAAGAUCCGCGACGUCUAUCGUCUGUUUGAAUGCGACAACUGCAAGAAGGUGUUCACGACGAAGAGCGUGCUGGAGCGGCAUAUAUUCACGCAUACGCAGGAGCGCCAGUACGACUGCAAGAUAUGCGGCAAACGUUUCAAGCAAGCCGGCCAUGUAAAAUCACACAUACUAGUCCAUACGGGCGAGCGCCGCUUCCAGUGCACCGUGUGCUCGAAGCGCUUCAGCUUGUCAAACUCGUUGAAGAAGCACAUGUACGUACAUAACGGUGAGAAGCCGUAUCAAUGCGACGUAUGCGGCGCGCGUUUCCUGGAGAAGCGCAAUCUCAAUGGUCAUCUGCUGACGCAUACCAACGAGCGUCCGUAUUGCUGCAAGAUUUGCGGCAAACGGUAUACUCUGGCAGACACUCUGCGCCGUCACGUGAGCGCCGCGCAUGAAGACGGUCGUACUUAUCAGUGCGAGAUCUGCGCCAAGAUGUUCAAGCAGCUAGCGCAUCUGUCGGUGCACAAGAAGGUGCACAACGAUGAACGGCCGUUCCAGUGUCAUUUGUGCGAGAAGAAUUUCAAGCACAAGAACGUGCUCAAGUCGCAUCUAGCGAUCCAUGCGAAUGUAAGGCCGUUCGAAUGCGAUGUAUGCAAGGCCACGUUCGUCAGGAAAACGAAUCUGCAGACGCACAUCUCAUCCGCGCACAUGAACGAGCGCCCAUAUGCCUGCACCAUUUGUGGCAAGCGUUUCAAGCAAAUCAGUCAUCUGAACGGCCACGUAGUCGUGCACAGCAAUCUGAUGCCUUAUAAGUGCGACUACUGCGACCGUCGAUGUAAUCGACUGGACAACCUGAAGAAACACAUGCGUCUCCAUACAAAAAACAAGGAAUGAGAGAAACAUGGAGAAUUUUUGGAGAAUCAAAUUAAUCUCUUCUCUCGAGAGACUGGAACGUAGAUUGUAGAAAGCUAACGAAAAAAAAUUUCAUACAAAUGAGAUUAUCAUGAGAUAUCAAAUUUCUUUUCUGAGUUAAAUCUAUAUCUUUUAAAUGAAUAUUAUAUUUACAAGUACUAAUAUCAAAUAUGAAACUGUUGAAUAAAAUUCGCCAAAUUAUUGGUUCUAUACAAGUUCCUCAAAGAAAAUAGCGAGAUCUCAUAAGCUAUUGAGACGAUUGAAAUAAUGAAAGAUGUUUGCUGUGGAUAAAUUAAAAAGUACUUUAUGUUUUUUUCUUUUAUAGAAAUGUUAUUGCAGUUGUUGUAAAAGAUCAUUUAUAUUAUAACUGAUAUUUUAAUAUCGUUCUAAUUAUUUUUAUAAUUAGAUUAUUGCUAAUUACAUUUAUAAUUUUGUUUAUACACUUUUUAUGGUAUAUAUUUUAGCUAAAUAAUGGCAUAUUUUUUAAACAUUUUUUUAUAUGUAUUAUGUGUGAUUGCGCGAUAUAUAAUUGUAUAAUAUUUUCUCUUUUGUUCCGAUAGUUUAUUUUUUAUUACAUUUUUUUAAUAAUGACUGAU